UUCUUUCUUAUUUACUACUAACUUUACGAAUCGUUUCACCGUUAGUCACCGGCCGUUACAGUUCGUUAAAUUUAUCCUACGUGGCAGGCAACUAUAAAGUUUGACCGUUAACUAGAUGACAUGGAAAUUAAAAAAUAAAAUAAAAUAAAAAUUAAUUUAUUUGUCCACCUCAUCAUCAUUCCACUUACUUUGUGCAUAUGAUUUAUCAUAUUACCUAUUUUAAAAAAAUUAAUUAAAUUAUAAAAAUAAAUAAUAUUAUUUAUUUAUUCUCAACUUGAAUUACCAAAAUAAAUAAUAUAAUUAAUUUAUUAAAUUAAAAAAAUAUAAAAAAAUAUGAUUAAUUUAUUCUGAAAAAAGAAAGAGCCAUGGCACCUCCGUCUCCUUUCUUCCCUAGGCGAGGCCUUCGUCUUCCCCAGGCACUCACCCACUUCCAGAGGAACGUCGACAAGGGAUUUGGCUUCGCCAUCGUCGCGCUCAACAGCAAGAACCUUGGGACCCAGCCGCUGCUCGCCGCGGUUCUCGGCUCCAACCCCAAAAUCCCCGUCAAAGUUGUUGCCAAGGCCCUUCAGGCCGAUAAUAAUGUCGUCACUCAGCUCCAGUGGAAGUUCAAAUGAUCAUAUCACCACAUUAUGAUAUUGAGUGCACUAGUUCAUGCGGAAGGAUAGUUUGAUUAAUUAAUUAGGAAGAAAUUAAUGGACAAGGUUUUGAGCAGUAUGGUUUCAGAAAGAAAAUUGAAACAAGAUU